GAUCUGCGUCUUUCCUUCCCUUCCCUCUUCAUCGACAACGACAACAGCGACGGCGACGGCGACAGCGACGACAUCAACAGCGACAGCGUGACGCACGCCGACGACAGCACAGACCUACACUUACCCCCCGCCCCACCACCCAUGUCCUCCCUCCCACCCAGGCCAAAACCUUGGGAGACAAAAGCCGCGUCUUCGCCGGCAGUAGCGACCACAUCCACCGCGGCAGCCGCUGCCGCGCCGACUGUGCCGGCCAGCGCGUUCGACAGCGCGGUCGCGACGAGCAGCUCGACCGCGCCGGCACUGCCUGACCGGCCGGCGGGCCUCGGCACUGAGGCAGGCGCGAUGGUCCCUGCGGGUGGCUACGGCACAGGCGCAUACGGAAACCGCUACGGGACCACAGGCUACGGCAUGUCGUCCAUGUCGCCCUACGGCGGCGGAUACGGCGGCGGGCUCGGCGGGUACGGCGGCAUGUCGUCCUACUCGUCGCCGUACUCGCGUAUGGGGGGCUACGGCGGCAUGGGCGGCUACGGGUCGUACGGCGGCAUGGGGGGAUACGGUGGCUACGGGGGUAUGGGAGGGUACGGUGUCGGUGGGAUGGGCGUGCCCGGCGAGGGCUACCCCCCAAACCUCACGGCGUCGAUGCAGCAAUCGACGGCCCCGGCGUUCGCGGUGAUCGAAUCUCUUGUUACCGCGUUCACAUCCCUCGCCCAGCUCAUCGAGUCGACGUACAUGGCCACCCACUCGUCCUUCUUCGCCAUGGUCGGCGUGGCCGACCAGCUGGGCAGCCUUAAAACGUACCUGGGCCAGGUGCUCGGCGUGUUUUCCAUUCUCCGCCUCGGCAGACGGCUCAUCAACUGGCUGCGAGGCAAGAAGAAUGGCCCGCCCGAGGGCUGGGCCAACGAGUGGUCGGCCGCACUCAACGACGCGGGCCUGCCAGGCGGACCAAACGCACCGCGCCCCUCGGCAAAGCCACUCAUCCUCUUCCUGCUGUCGGCUGUCGGCCUUCCUUGGCUCAUGAGCAGACUGGUCAAGCUGCUUAUCGCCAACCAGCAGGCGCAGGCCGCCGCCGCCGGCAACCUCCAGCCUCUCGACGCCAACGGCAACAUUGACCCCACCAAGCUCACGUUUGCGCGUGCACGCUGGGAGUUCCGCCCCAGCGAGGAGUGGGAGCUCGCACUCACGCCCGACGAGAUUGUCGCCGUGCUCGAGAUGCGCGAGGGACAGAACGGCGCCCAGGGAUGGUGGCGCGGACGCACGCGCGACGGCCGCACCGGCUGGUUCCCCGGCAACUAUGUCGAGGUUAUCAAGAAGCCGUACGCGCUCCACCGGCUGUCCGUGCUCGGCGCGCUCCUCGUACUCCCGCUCGUUCUCAGCUUUGUGCUGGCCAUCGCCAUCGCGGCCGUCGUCACCAGGGCGAUCUGCACUGACGAUGCCGACGCACCGACCCCCGCUGCGCGCCAGCGGGCCGCUGUGCGUCCUUUGGCCUUUACGUCGCCGGCGGCAUGGGCGCGCGUGCAACAGCGGGCCCGCGACGAGGCCGCCGGCAUCGCAUUCGCCAGCGUGCAUGGGCUCGACGACCCGACCGUCGCGGCACGCCUCGACGCCGUCCUAACCCUCAUCCGCCAGAGCUUCAUCCUGCCGUGGUACCAACGUAUCUCGCCAUCGCCCGCCUUCCCCGACUCGAUCGAGAGCACGAUCCGCUUUGCGCUCGGCGAGGUCGGCCGCUCGGCCGAGGCGGUCGACUGGCCCACGGUCGUCGUGUCCCGCAUCCUGCCUAUUGUCACGGAGCACUUUCAGCACUAUCGCAGCAUCGAGCACCUGAGCUCGAGUAUCGCCGGCGCGUCGACGACCACCUCGCUGCCCCUCCCGUUGCCCCGUGCAUCGCACCCCGCCCUCGCGCCGCUGCGCAACUCGGCGCCAGAGACCAACCUCCCUUCGAUCGAGGAGCACUUUCGCGACCACGUCACCCGCGCAUUGAAAGUGCUCCUGCCGGCAAAGGAGCAGACCGAGGUGGUGAACAUCAUUGUGCGCGAGGUGGUCCUCGGCGCGGUCCUCAUGCCAGUGUUCAGCAUGCUCUGCGACAGCGACUUUUGGAACAGGCAGAUCAACGAGCAGGGUGGGAGAUAUCUCCGGGAAAAGAAGCAGGUCAGCAAGGUGUUGUCUGCACUCUCGACGGUGCCCAUCUCGCCCGUAUCUGCCAAGGGGUCGACGCCACGGAGACAAGCCACGGCGUCGAUCACGGUACAGUCGACGACCAAGCAGUUUGACGAGUUUAUGCGGUCGAUUCCCAAGCUCAAGACGCUGGGCGAGGCACGCAGGUUGCGCGCCGACGUCGAUCGCGAGCUGCGUACCGCGCGUGGGGCGCUGAAGCGUGCCGCUGGUGAAAAUGAGGAACGCAGGGAGAAGGCCACGCGCAGGGCGGAGCGCUACAUUCAUCGUUUGGAACGAGCACGCACGCACAUCGACAGGCGGAUCGUUGCGCUCUCGGGCGGCGCCCCAGUGUUGUCGCCCAGAACAAGCGUGUACCCAGGGACAAGCGACUCGCCUCUGGCCGGCAAGUACAAGGCCAACCUGUAUGGGAUUCUCUCCGAUCCGUCGUCGCUCGCCUUCUGGCUCGAGUACAUGGAGCGCAGGGGCCGGUCACACCUCGUGCAGUUCUGGUUAACAGUUGAAGGGUUCAAGGACCCGCUGGAAGCCUCGGGCCAGGACCUCGCGUUGACAUUGGCCAACGAGGACGGCGAACCGCGCAAGGGCAACAACGACAACACGAUCGGCGACGAUAUCUCGUUCCUUUACUCGACCUACUUCUCCACGCUCGACCACAAGAUCAACGUGCCAUCCAAGCUGGUGUUGGAGAUUGCCGAGCUGUCGUCCCAGACCGGGCCGCUGUCCCCCCAAGACGUGAAGCGGGGGAAGAAGGCCGUUUUUGAGGCCCAAAAGGCUGUGUACGACCAGAUGGACGACGAGGACUGGCCCGCGUUCCAAAAGAGCGAGCUGUAUCUCAAGGCUGUGGCCGAUUUGAAGAACAACACGGCGCCAAGAGUGAACAGAGCGGCCAGAGCGAGUUCCCACAGCCCGCUCGGCACACCGACGACGCAGACGGCUAGCCUCAUGCCCCCGGAUCAGCGUAGCCAGCGGCGGGCGUCGGACGUGUCAUCGCCAACGGCGCAGCGCAGGCCAUACCUUGUCAACGGCAACUUUGCCCCUGCUCCCGUGUCAGUCGCUGCGUCGACAUCUACCGCCGCGCCGACAUUUGACAGGCCCAUAUCAUCGGCUUCCCCGCUAGUGACGACACCGCUGAUCAUGACCACGCCGCCGCCCCCGAUGAUCCACCGCCGGUCGACCCAUCUUGACUUGUUGUUUGGCGUGGAGGAUGAUGCCGCAGCAAGCGAGGAGCGCAACCCGCUGUUCGCAGACGAUGGCGACGACGAUGACGAAGAGGCGCUUCUUGAGGCACAGCGCAUCGAGGCCAUCCAGGCGGCGUUAAACGAGAUCAUCGCGUCCGACGACAUGACCUCGAGCCAGACCCUCCUGCCGCCAGUUACCCCGCCAGAGAUUGACACGGAUCCGCUCAACUCGCCAUCAGCUUCGCUGAUCCUUGAGUCACCAGACAAGCUCGACACCUCUGCGUCCCUCAUCAUCGAGCCUAGCCAGAAACACCCUCUGGCUGGGAGCAAGCUCACUUCACGGAGUGCUGAAGACUUGAAGGCGCCUGGUAGCAUGGCUGAGAGGCCAUUGCUUGGCAGAGGCAAGUCGCAGCAGGACGCCUCGGCAGCUCGUAAACGGAUAUACCGCCGUGGCAGCUUUGGCGAUGCCCCCAACCACCGACAGAGCAAAAGCAUCUUUGACGACUCGCUGUUUGACGAGGCUGUGGAGACGACUUCGAUUCUUGACCCUGACCUUGACGACAAGGACCAUGACAAGGUCCGCCUUGCUGCGCCAGGCGACAUGCAGCUGUCGAUCGACAUUGGGCGGUUGAAGAGCAAGAUUCGCGAGCUGGCCGAACAGGACGCCAUCCUCGAGUCACUCAUCCGUCAGGCCGAGCUCACGGGUAAUCAAAAGGAACUCAAGCUCCUUCGCAAGUCACAGUCUUCGCUGCAGAGGGAGAAGCGCACCGCCGAGUUUCAAAAGUCGCAGUAUGAGCAGCAGGAAGAGGCCAACAGGCUUGUACCCGGCCGCACGCACGUGUCGAUCCCGAGCACUGUUGUUGUGGACGACGAACAUGACAUGAUGCGCCAGGUUGUGCGAUACCAGGUGGAGAUUCGGCAGGUCGGAGACGACGGCCGGACGCUGCUGUCAUGGGUUGUGCUCCACCGCUACAACGAGUUCUGGGAGCUUGACCGGGCUAUUCGCGACUGGGCGGCGCACGCUGGCAACUGGAGGCUCACAGACGACCUGCGCAACAAGGUCGUCGAGAUUCCCGGGAAACGCCUGGUGCCGAGUAUCUCGUCGAGCUUUGUCGAGUCGCGUCGGGCGGGUCUGGAGAAAUACCUUCAGUCGCUGUUGACCUCUGCCCCCAUCUGCGACGGCUACCUCCUGCGCAACUUUUUGUCACUGUCGAGCGGGGCCGACGCAUCCGCGGCCCACGCCCUGUCCAACAACAUCACGGCGCAGAACAUUGUCAAGACGCUGUACAAAACUGUCGCGUCGUCGCUCGACGACCAGCUCGUCCCGUCCAUGCUCGACCUCAUGUCGCAGUCGCUCCAGCGGCAAAUCUCCGAGGUGGCUGUGGCUGGUGGGCGCGUCGCCGAGCCUCUUGCAGGGUACAUGCCGACGGCUCUCAAAGCCGGCGUCGCUGGUGUUGCCGCACCGUGGAUGAAGCACGACGCGAGGACACCCAGCGUGACGGUGACUGCAGACCACGCCAUGGGCGAGGCACCCGAGCUCCCUACGACGUCGGCCCUGCCCGUGACGCUGCAGCCGCUGGAGGGCGAAUCGGCCACAGGCUCAUUCACCACGCCAAUCUGCGACCUCUUCAUCGAGGUAUUCGACCUCAAGGAGAACAACUGGUUGCGACGACAAGCCAUCGUCAUCAUCCUGCAGCAGAUUCUCGGCGGCACGAUUGAGCGCAAGUUUCGCGACACGUUCCGGCAACUUACGUCGCCCGAAAGUGUUGACCGUCUGCUGGGCGGUUUCCAGAACAACAUGUGGCCCGGCGGGGUCUAA